AUACAUACCAUACAUGUAUAUAGCCAUCAGAGAGGAUUUAACGCGGACCAGGAUACCAGCAUACAUUAAAACUAUUGCUGCAAUAUUUCCAACAUCAGCUCUGGGUGUAGGCGGGAAGUAUUUCCUGUUUUAUGAGUUAGAGGGAUCAGGUGUACAGUGGGAGAACCUACAUGUGUCACCACGGGAAUAUGAUAAUUUUAGUCUACAGAUUGUGUUGAUAAUGAUAGCAGUGGACACAGUUGUUUACUUUAUACUGGCCUGGUAUAUAGAGAAUGUACAUCCAG